AUGCACUGGGGAAUAAUGAAUAUGCUGAAUCAGUUCAAAUCUUUAGCACUGUAUUUGCACUUUUGCACUUCUGGAAAGUAUUCAGUUCUACUGUUAUUAUUCUGGCUGCUGCAUAUUAUCAAAUGCCAGGGGAUCAAUGCGGCAGACUUUUGUUUCGAUGGCAAUAGAGAAGGUAAGCUUUUAUAAUAAAUUGGAAAUAUGAUGUUUAAUACUGAUCUUGAGUCAAUAAAUUUAUAGCAAAGGGCAAAAAAAUUGCGACGAAAUAGUAGUGACCCAAGCUUAGUGUUGAAAUCUUCACUAGAUUCAAUUCGCUAACGUCCAAAUCUGUAUUCUGUUACGUUGGCUGUUUACAUGCGUUGCAAGUAUUUAAACAUGUAUUAUUAUAAUAUUGAGUUAUUUACACUACAUGUAUACAGGGUAUGUCAUUAAUCGAAACUUCUGUAUAGAUACGUUCACUAUUCAGUCACUCCUACCAUGGAAUAUUAACCAAGUAUUACGUUCAAUUCAGUGUUAUCUACACACCUAUAGGAAUUUAUCUUACAUCGUUAUGACAGCAAUUGUGAUAUUGCUUGCUUAAUAGUGUUUAUCCCAACCCAAAAACUCGUAGAAAACCCAUAACAUUCGGCGAAGCGUUAACCCAGUUCGUACUACGGUGCUUAUAGUACGUUGACGACUGCGCCAUCAAAGGCCGGAAAAUUUAGUGGAUUAUAGGACUGCGCCCGAAUGAAUACACUGACUAUAAGAAAAAGUCUGUUUUUAUGCCAAAUAUACCUACUGUAGUAGUUCUGUCUGUCCUUAAAACGACCGUAUUCUAUAAGAAUAUACGAUUUCCGAGUAAAUUUAGCAGUUAUAAUAAAUGGACAACUUGCAUGUUAGACUAAAUUUUAAUUGAAGUAAAGAGAAGGGAAUCAAACACCAUAACUAAAAAGAACACAAUGAAAUGAGUAAAAUUGCAAAGUUUGCUUUGCGAAAUGAUAUAAAACUUGGAUAAUAUAGCCCUGCAAUGUUUUCUAAUUUUGUAUCUUCGGCUCAAAAAUGGUAACAAUUUCCGCAGGUAAUACAAACAUAUACAAAAUAUGCAAACUUCGCAAGGCUAUAUUUUCCGCAUUUUACAACAUUUCGUAACCAAAUUUUUCGAUUUUACUAAUUUUAAUAAGUUCUUUACGGGAACUUACUUUUUUUAGUCUAACAUGCAAGUUGUCUAUUUAUUGGGCUAUAGAAUUAACAAUUCUUCUCUAAUAUAUAUAAUGUUUUAAUGGAAGAAACAUUGGAAACAUUCCAACUAUAAAUUAUUCUUUAUCAGGUUGGAUUAACCGGAAUGUUGAUUUAUAUUAUUGAUGGCACCAAAAUGGUGUGAAUUUUUUUAACUAUAUAACAGUUCACACGGUGAAUUAUUUCCGAUUAAACUUACACACGUGCUUAAAAUCAAACUAUAUGUACACUACAGAGUUUUGCAUUGAUUACAAAUCCAACCGUUGUAAAUAGUUACGGCCAUAAUUUUGUUGCCGUUUGUAAACGCAACGACCAAUUCAAUAGGAAACUCUCUCGAUUUUGAGACAUAUGUCAGCAACUUUGAAUUGGAAAAAAAGUAAAAACAGGAAACUAUAGGAGAUAAUUAUGUAAAAUAAAAGCAUAUUAAAUUCUGACUAUCAAUAUUUCGUUGGCAUGUCAUUCGUUUUCAAUUCGCAGGGUCACAGGUUUGAUUCCAGCCAAGGACCUCAGGCUGCGUUUUUCGCAGCUGUUUCUGGUUAGGUCAUAAAUUACAAAUGUGCAUAAAUUUCCGCAUCCAUCAACAAUUAUACUGCUCAACAUAAAUUUCGACUGUCUUAAACCGCAGGCCGCCGAUCGAUACUUAACUUCUGGCCUCUGACGCAAAACGAAGGCUCGUGCAGGGAUAGUCCAAAACCCGAACGCGAAAAACUGUGCGCGGACAUGUACUUCGCAUGCAUUGGGGUGAGAGCAAAACAAUUAAUAUUUUAUUGUUUCUUCCAUAAAUCAUAAUUUUCUGUUGAUGUUAUUAAUUGUGGGAUACAAGAGGUGUAUUAGCGAUUAAAUUAAUAGAGAGCUUACGAUUUUAGGACGGCAACGCGAUGGCAACGGCUACCAAUACAAUAGAUCAUUGCAGCCUAGUUCGUGGCCUUCUCGCUUCCGCCUCAUUAUUUUAGGGGGAAAUCGACGAGGUUUGCAGGUUGACUGGGAUAAAGCUGUAUUAAUUGGAGAUUGGGGAGAGGAGAGAAGCGAGAAGGCCUAGCAAAAUUCGCAAACUGUCCCCAUUUGUCCUUCGCAUUGGGAGUCAUGGGCUCUAGUUUACUUCGAUAAUUUUUUGUUAUAUUUUAAUAUAAGUUUGUGAGUAUUUUACAGUAAAAAUUGUAUUAAAGAAGCGUUUUGAGAGGAAGUUACAGGUGCUUUUGCCUUAUGUAAUGUUAGGAAAGUGUGAUAUGCAAGUUCUAAGGAGUCAACACUGAACAGCUUGGUGUAUAUUUGUUCGUGAUUUUGGACUUGGUAUUUUUACCUCAAAUAUAUUGUCGAAUUUUUUAAAGGAAUUCUUAUGCAAAAUGUACGUAUAAUAUGAUUUUCCGCGUAUAUAUUUAUUACUGAGUUGGAUCUGUGAUUGGAUCAACUGCUAUUCGACCAGUGUCGCUCGUGUAAAAUCAAUCGAAAGAAUUAAAUUAUGUGGACUUGUAUUAAACUUGAUCAUUCAUUAUCGCGUGGCUGUUUAGAUUUUCACAGAAGUUGAUUGUAUCAUUGUAUGAACUGUAGUUACUAGCUAGUAUUCAAAUUGUUAAAUGUUUAUUCAGUAUAUUUUGUUCAUAUUUUUGUUGUUGGAAAGGUGCUAUUAUAAAUGGAAAGUGUAAAUAUCUAUAGUAUGCCCCUUUGCACUUAUUCACUUUCCUCUGCUUCCCAUGAGGUUGACAGAACAAACUAGUGACAAAGCCCUUGGGUACAGGGUAAAGUUUAAUGACAAAAAUCAUAGUACAGUACCUAUCCCUUUGCCAGGACAAUAUAUUUUGCAAUCAUAACAUAUCUAACAGAAACAUUAUAUUAUGCAAUACAAUUGGUUAACUCCAUAGAAAAUACUGUAUAGCAGUAAGGCGAACAAUUAAAAGCCACUACUAUGUGAAUGUUGAUAUCCUUUUGGUUUAUUCUGGGGCUAAACUGUACCUGUUCGGGGCAUUUAUAAUUUGCUUACAAGAGGGGGAGGGCUAUGAUGUUUUUUAGAAUUAAAUUUUCUGGAGCCUCCAUCCCCACUUUUGUUGAUCACAGUCGUUGCCACCCCCAUAUAAUCGUAAACAACGGAUGGUGAAUUGUCGACUCCCUGUCUGCUUCUUCCAAAAAUAUAUUGACUUUUAAUUAGUAUUUGUUUCUUAUCAAUAUGAAUAAUAAAUUCUGACAUGCAUUAUAAUGUCAAAUAUUCUUGACCAUUGAACUUCCAUAUCUAUUAAUAACAACUUCAGUCAUAAAUCCUUAGAAUAUGAAAGGUUUGCAACUUUGCAUGGCAACAAAAAUGAAAACUACUGGAAAGUUUUUGUUGAAGGUUCCCCGCUAGACUACAACAUAGUCUGUGUGUAAUGUGAUUUGUAAACAAGACGUUUAUUUACCCCCAAUAAAGUUAUGCAAAAAAAUAAUGUACCGAUAUGUACAAGACAUUAUUUCAAUGCCUUAACCUCGGCCUUUCCAUUCAGGUUCUUUUGGGAAUGUUCCCAGAUCACAUAUGGAAUACAUUUGUUUUCAGUUUACUAGCAAUAAAGUAUAUGAGAAUCCAAAAUCAUGGAUUUGAAAUGAAGCAGUAUUUUAAAACAUUGAGGUCAUGAUCCGUGGGUCAAGGAAGGUCAUUGAAAUUGAUCUUGAUUGGCUUGAAUGACAAUUGAAUGACUAUUGUGCCGGUAAACAAAGAAAUGCAUGAUAAGUAUAUGUGCAUAUAGUAAAUAGUUAUAUUAAAAUGUAUGAACAUCUGUAAUUUAAAGGCAAGCCUUAAUUUUAUCAAAAAAGUGGCAAAACACCACAAUGUCAUAUUGAAAAACAAAAAAGUUCUCAUUUUCUCAACACAUUUUCUCAUCCUGUUAUUUUACUUUUAUUAUUGCCAAAUAAUUUUACUUGUCAACAAAAUAUAUUGGGUCUAUAAAAUGAAAUUGAAUUGGCAUAUGAGUAUCAUGCUCAAUUAAUUUGACUUUUCAGUUAGCUCGAUACUAGUAGUCGGGCACCAUAUAUUUCACUAACAAAACUUAAAUCUGGUAUAUGUCAAACCUUUGGUAUUAAGACAAAUAUAUUUGUAUUGAUACUGCAAUGUACUUUCUAAAAAUCAAUUCAUCGCACGGUCCUUUAAUUAGCAAGUGAAAUGUUCUGUUCCAUUAACCUUACCAUUACUUCUAGUGUGUGGUUUUAAAUGCUGUGUCGAGAAAUACUGGUUAAUAUUUUUGAACAAACCAUUUCGGUCGACACAGUCUUUAUGUGGACAAUCCAACAAAUUGUCAGUGCCAGUGGUGUCCUGAAAGGUCUAUCAACGAGACAAAAUACAAAAUUUAAAUGUAAUACGUGUUCUAAAAGCAUUUCGUUAUACAUUUUAACACAAUAGUGAAGAUUAUAUCUAUCCAAUUCUCGAAAAUACACCGCCAUGUUGAUUAUUGCGAAUUUUGCUAGGCCUUUCAGGACGACCUAGUUCGGAUAUUUUGUGAAACUGACAGCCGGCAAGUUCACGACAUCCUAUAACUCGCCCGCGCUUGGAAGGCCAGGGACUAGACUGAGGUCAUUGAAAAUAAUUGAGUGAUUACAACAUAGGAAUAAUUUAGACAUUGUCCUCGCUCUGUUUACAACGCUAAAUCAUAGAUUUUCACGUCAUAUACAACGGCUGCAUUCCAAGCCGAAACAAGUGCAACUUCAAACUGGGUUUAGAAGAACUCUUCCCAACCAUAAAACCCAUGUCGUAUUGUCGUCAACUUCUAAAUCUGUAUUAAUUAAAUUCAUCUACGAUUGAUAACAUACCACGAACUAUCUUUCCUACCAUUUGUUCGGAGGAGUUUAUUUUGGCCGUUGCCGUUCUAAAAUCGCAAGGUCUCUAAUAAGAAAAACGCGACGCGUGCUGUUGUCGAAGAAAGGUGUCAUGCAUUAAUUGUAUCAAAAUGCUUAACAGCCAAACUGAAAAUCGUACCCAUCUGGAAAUCAAGUCAUAAUACUAGCUUGUCUGGAUACCUAAGGUCACAAAAUUAACUAUUAAUAAUACUAUUGGACUUUCACUCAAAAUGUUGAAGUUCGUUGAUUUCUUAUAUGUUUAGGUAGUUCCAUCAUACAGGAGUGUACAGAAAGAGGACUGAGACUAACAAAUCACGAAAUAUAUAAAUCCUCCAGGACUGGAAGUGACCUUUAUAUCUACCAAUUUAUUGUUGUUUCUGACUUGAUGUUUGACUAGAAUGUGUGACUUUCUCAGUCCUAGCCAGUGAUGAGAUGCAAUGCAAUUACCCUAAAAACUGUAGUCUGUUUGCCGCGACACACAUAUACAUUUAUUUGUUUGGUGAUUACUUAUUUUAUUGAACUCGGCUACACUAUUUUGAAUAAAAAUAUUUUGAUUAUUUGUAAAGGCGCCAACACAUUAUUUAUUCACCAUAUUCGUCAAUAGUAGACCAAAAAAGUAAUUAGCAUUUACUUGUUUAUAAUAAUUUAUAUUUCUUUGACAGAUCACCGUUUAAACUUUCCUCACAUUUUGAAACGUCUGCAAGCUAAAUCCAGAAUCGAAUGUAUUUUGUUGUGUUUCAAUGAAGACGUGUGUUGCAGAUCUAUAAACUACAAAAAAAACUCUCUUUCUGUCGAGAAGGGAAACUGCGAGCUACUUCAUGUUACACCAGCUGAGGAACCUGGACUUUUAGAAGAGCACCCCGGCUAUGAUCAUUACGUAUUACUCCAACCAAAUAGAGUAAGUGAAGGUUACACAUGUAUAAAAAUACCUGCCCUGAGAUAAAUGACGCCCAUUGAGAAAGCUCCGUGCCUGCAAUUCUGAGCAGGUGACAUCAAUCGUUAAAACUAUAAUUGUUAAAAGUAGAAUUCUCUUCUACUCAAUGCAACACAUAAUGCAACUUGUCUGACAAUAAUUUUGGAUGUUUGAAGCAAUGUUGGACGACGAAAUCGUUUUCAGGACUUGUUUUCCAACGCCAUUGCAUUGUUACAUGCAGCCCCACUCCGAUUCUAUAGCUACACCCCUGUGGCCAUGCAUGUGAUGGGAAACAACAAAACGUUUACUUUCACACUUGAUAUUAAGCAAUUAUUGGAUGAGGCUGAGCAUGAUAUCAAGAACUAUUCAGACCGAGGUCAAUGUUAUCUGCCGAAGCGAAGCUGAGGCGGAUAACAUAGACCGAGGUCUGAAUAAUUCUUGAUAUCAUGCGAAAGCCGGAUCCAAUAAUUGUUUUAUUAUACUUUUAAAAACAUGAGAAACGUAUAAGACGAUUCCUGUUCAUGAGGUAGGAAAAGAACAAUUUGAAUAUGAAACACCUUGCACAAUGUCAAAGGUCAGCUAAAUAUUCUAUUUCUAUACUUCUAUUUACCCCUUUGUGGCUUUUUUCGUGCUUUCACUAUCCUUAUCUGCCAAUAAUUUGGAGAGUUCACUUUCAUUCAGCGAAGCAAAUCUGCUGGAGGCCAUUGUUGUUUUUUUUCGCGCGCUUAAGGUUCAAGCUUUUGGCCGCGCAAGGGCUUGGGCACGAGAGAGUCCAAUAAUUUUUUUGUUUGGAUGCAAGUUCGAUCCAAAAAAUCAAUUAUUGGACGCUGAUGACGUCAUCGGCGGAAAAUACGUAAUAAAUGCCGAAUACUGAAAAUUAGCCUGUGCUUUCUGACCAAUUAGAAACGAGAAUACAUAUUAAAUGUAUAAUAAUUUAUAUUAAGUAAGCACAUAAUAAUUUGGUAUUUCAAUAAAGAUGAUAAAAAAGCUCAUGCGUCGUUAUGGCCCAAAAUUAAUACAGUAUCAAAUUUAGCCAAAGAACGUGCAAUGUCAGUUUGAAGAUCAAACUGCCCUAAAGUUUGUUUGCAGCUACCUCCAAAAUAUUGGAGCGAAGAUCUGAGCAGGUUAGUAAUGAAGCGCUAGCCUUCGCUGAAAACGUCGUAACGUUUUUAGUCUUUUUCAGAGAGCCCGGACAUUCUUUAGAUUGAUAUUCUUUUUCUCGGUUUCUCCCGCUAAAUGAUGUACUUUACUGUUCAUAUUUUCUGGGAAAUCCAUUAUCUCACGACAGCCUCUUGACAAUUAUUCAAAUAUAAGUAAAUUUUCAUACAGGAUUCAACAAAGCUCAACUGUCCUGAUUUGCCAUGUUUAAAUGGCGGAAGAUGUGUUGGUGGAUGUGGGAAUAAAUCAUCGUUUUGUAAUUGUUCUCGCUCUUAUGCAGGGAAAUAUUGUGAUAAAAUUUGUAAGUAAAUAAAACAUACGGGCUAUUUAACAAUUAGACAACGAAGCCGAGUUGUCUGUGAGCGAAUAGUCAACGAGGCGAAGCCGAGCUGACUCUUCGCUUAGAGGCAAUGAACAUGGGCGAAACUUGAGGAGGUAUGGGGUGUGUGGCACCCUGCCCCCCCCCCAAAAAAAAAAAAAAUAAUAAAAAUAAAUGAAUUAUGAGUUCAAUUUUAAAUGAUAGAAGGUAGAGUUAUUAAGUAACAUAUUACAGCUAGCAAACAAUAAGCAGUUUAAUUGUAUGCAUGUACAUUGGCAUCGGCAGUUUAAUUAUACACGUAGCUAAGUGAUGUAUUCAGUGGCGUAGCUAGCAAAAUUUGACUAGUCCUGCUCUAAGACCCACACAUUCUAGGGGGGUCCGGGGGCAUGCUCCUCCGGGAAAAUUUGAAUUUUAGAAGUCUGGAAUGGCCAUUUCCUGCGAUUUCACGGCGAAAUACUCCAAAGGGAACAUCAAAAAAUUGCGUGAUUAGCGGAAAAUUUUUGAUAAUUUUUUUUAGAAAAAAAAUAUUGUAACUUUUUGAAAUCCAUGCAUUUUUUAUCAUAUUUCACUAUAUAUUUUUCAACUUAGCUGAAAAUGUAACUAAAUAUAGUCACACAAAAGAGGAAAAUAUCAUGUAUACAAUACGUGUCUGUAUUAUAAUACGAUCUUUCAAUUGAUCAACACAUAAUCCAACCGCAUGCACAUAGUCAACAAUUGCGUAACUAUUAUACUGUUGAACACGGCGUUUUAUACACUAUAACGCUACCGCUAGCAUUCGUUAAAAAUUCACUACGUUUGUUAGUAAUGUGUUAAGCUUUAUAUAAUCACUCUAGAACAUUUUCAUCUUAAUAUAUAUAUAUAUAUAUAUAUAUAUAUAUAUAUAUAUAUAUAUAUAUAUAUAUAUAUAUAUAUAUAUAUAUAUAUAUAUAUAUAUAUAUAUAUAUAUAUACGAGUAGGUUUGUGUAUACGAAACGCAAAGAGUGCUCAAUAUCAUAAAGAUAGAGCAAAUGUAGAAUUUCGCUUACCUCAAAAUUCCGCAACAGGCGGUAUUCUAUAUAUAUAUAUAUAUAUAUAUAUAUAUAUAUAUAUAUAUAUAUAUAUAUAUAUAUAUAUAUAUAUAUAUAUAUAUAUAUAUAUAUAUAUAUAUAUAUAUAUAUAUAUAUAUAUAUAUAUAUAUAUAUAUAUAUAUAUAUAUAUAAGCUUUGAUAUUUGGUAUGGCAAUGCCAAACGAAGUCUACUCGAGGGCGAAGGAUCCAAAUAGGAUUCACGGCAAGUACUGUCGUAUAUAUAUUUAAAAAUCAGAGACUAUGCAACUUCGACCAUCAAUUUAUUAAAAAAACUAAAACAUACUAUGAUAAAAGCUUAAAAGUUAAAAACGUUUCGGUAGUUCUGCCUUCAUCAGUUUAUAUUACAAUUUAACAAUGUCUAAGUUUUAUAGCAUUGGCAGGAUCAAAAUUACCAUAUUAUGUAGUAAACAAAUUAAUGAGGAUCAAUAGUAGGAUCAGUAUUACCAUAAUAUGGCUUACAAGUUAUAAUUAUAAUAAUUAUUACAACUUAUUAUUAUUAUAAUAAUACAACUUAUUAUUAUUAUAAUAAUUAUUAUUGUAAUGGAUCCUAUUUUCGAUCGAAGUUCAGAUCUCUUAUUGAGGCCAUAAGGCCUAAUUGUACACAGCUGUGCCAUCCAAUAUGCUUCUCUGGUCAAUAAAGGGUUAUUGGCCGUUUCGCCAUUUGCUAAGUCAACUUUUUCAAUGGCUACAAAUUCCAUAUAUAUAUAUAUAUAUAUAUAUAUAUAUAUAUAUAUAUAUAUAUAUAUAUAUAUAUAUAUAUAUAUAUAUAUAUAUAUAUAUAUAUAUAUAUAUGUAACUUGGGCUUCCUAAGUUACUUUAUUUCUUAUUCCUACAAUGUUCUUUCUUUCAGGUGUUGACGCUUUACGUUUCCGUGGUAACAAUAUCAUCGAAUACGGUAUUUUUGUUCGUCCUUCACAGCCGUUGAAUUAUUUUUCUGCAUGUUCUUGGAUAAAGACAACUGAAGAUUCAGAUAAAGCAAUUUUAUCGUAUGCAUACGAAUUCGACGGAACAGAAGUUAGCAACGGACUCCUGAUUUUCUUGAACCCAUAUUUGAGGAUAUAUUUUAAACCUGUUGGUGCUGAUCCGAUCAUAAAGAUAAG